AUGGCGAAAGUCACGCAAGUCACGAAGGUGACUAAAACCCCCAACCAGAAAACGUCUCGGCUUACGAACGCAUCCAAGCUCACCAUGGAGAACGCAUCAAACCCUCAAGCCAGCACUUCAGCAAAAUCUGAGCCUGCCAUUUCUUCAUCAGAGAAGAAUCAAUUCUCUCUCAAUUUCCAGAAGUUUUCCUCCCUCGAAGAGGCCUGUCAAUGCCUCCAGAUUGCAAAAGACAUUGCAUCCAUGGAGAACUGUCUUCGCAAAUUGCCUCAAAAGAGAAUUUCAAAUGAGAUUCUGGCCCUACAAUUAUCCUCGAAAGACGUCGCCGCUCUGAAACGAGCCCUCCAGAUGUCCCCGAAGGUCCUUGACAUCCUGCACCUCAUCAAUUCGGAAACGGACCGACAAGUGGCUCGUCAGGCAAUUAGCUACAUCGACGGCAUUGAGAAGCUCAGAGGCCAGGUGGAUAAGCUCCCGAAGGAGGCACGACAGGAGUUGUUUAGGGCCCAUAAUUGGCUCUGUGGUGCCUAUAAGGCUGGGGCGGAUGGUUCCUGA